GUGACGUCACAAUGGUUAGCGAGCGCUGUACAGAAGCAUUAGUAUCCUGACAGACGGCCGCGGGAAGGAUCGUGUUAUUGGGAGCUGCGCGCCGACUAUCGUACCCGGCACUGACCGCUUAUUGUGAUCCUGUCAGUGCGGUGUUUACCAGCUCCGUGAGGAGGGCGGCCAUGACUCCCGGGCUGUAAUCAAUAAGAAGACCAAAUGGCCAAACAACCACCAUUGUUAAAUUUGGGGUGCAGUGGAGGAGAUCAGAGCCAGCCAGCCAGCAGACGCACUCCACACAGACCCCUCAGGACAGGGGCUCCUACAUCCCUUGCCAGCCCUUUUCCAAGCCCCCAUUCUGAUGAGGGAGGGUGCUGCCCUAGUACUCCUUGGGGCCAUAGUUUAUCACCAUACAGCCCCAGUUCUUUUGCCAACAGAUCCCCUCUUUGUAUGUUAGUAAGGGGGUCCUCCCUGGUCUCCAAAACUUCGAGUGGAUAUUUUUCAUUUGAAGUGAGUCCUGCUCCUGUAUAUUGUGACAAAGCCACUCAGACACCAAGCCCUCCCUGUCAAGCGUUUAACCACUUUCUCUCCGUUAUGGCUGCCAGACCUAUUAAUCACCGUGAAGAAACUCGGCCAGAAAUCGCGAUUGCACAUGAGCUCCGCCGUAUUGGAGAUGAAUUUAAUGCAUUGCACAAUCCAGGGAUAAAGGAAAUGAACGUGACGAUUAAUGUUGUAAUCUAUGAUUACAGGGUUUUCACAAUCAACAAGGGUUUGUGAACAAUGUAAUAAUCCUGCGUGUGCUACAUUAUAUCAUCCGACUCAUAUGGAGAAUGCAGUGACUGCGCCUUCUGCCCUGGACGGAAGAAUGAAUUCACAAAUGAAGGAUUCUAGCACUUGGCUUGUGUUCAUAUACUAUGCAAUCCAAAUCAUCUGCAGAGCUUUAGCCGUCUUCCGCAUUCUGAUAAGCCUCCAGGAACACCCCUUGUCGCAUCGGACUAAUUGGGUUCGGAAUGGACUUCUAAGGAUUACUACGUUCUGUGGAUUAUUUUUUUCUGCAAUUUUAUAAAAAAAAAUACAAAUGUUCUAUUUUGUGUAAAUAAGAGAAUAAAUCAUCAGACUUCCAUAUCUACUGAUACUUUACUGAUCCGUCUCCAAAGACCUGUGGAUAUUGUGGAAAUGAAGCUUUUGGAUACACUUUGCUGCCUUACGUAUGUAUAUAAAGCAAAUGUGACCCGAGGGGGUGAAGUCAAAGCAAUUCACACAGUUUAUAGUGACCUUCUUGGUACGCCUGUCUUCCAGUUAUGUUAUUUUAAGGAUUGUUAUGAUUAAUUUUUUCCUUUCAUGGGAAGGAUUUUUAUUAUGAGUUUGGAUUGGAUGACCAUGACAAUGCCCACUCUUCUGAAGGAUGGAUUGCUGGAAAGGAUUGCGUCUUUCACAAUUUUCAAUAUAACCAUUUCCCAUAUCAGAUACUCUCUUCCAGCCCUGUUUAUACAAAUCUUCUAGUUUUUCUUUUGGUGCAAAACUCAUUGUAACUGUGAACCAAUGGUUCUAAUAACUUGCUUGUUUCCAUCGUUACAUAAGAUAAUUAUGUAUGUGCAAACACAUGAAAAGGGGUGGAAAGGAAUUGCUUUUUUUUUGUGGGACCAGUUGAUUACUAGUGGAUUACUAAACCUAAAAUACACUUGAAUAGGAGUUUUAAUAUAUAUUUUGGAAAUGUGGCCUGUUCCCACUCUACUUCAUUAUUUUGCCCCUUUUGGCCUCAAACCUGCUAACGCUGAAGACCAACAUGCUUCUCUGUAUGUUGGCUAUGUGUUGUAUACUAUCGGUAGAUGUAUUUUAGGAUUAUUUGAAACUCUUUGAUGUAAAGCAACUUGUAUUUUAGUUUUAGUGGCCCUUGAUAUACAUCCUAUAAAAUCAGGUCUUCCACCGCCGUUUCAUUUCUCUGUGUAAUCUGAGGUCGGCCUCUAUGAAAUCCCGUUAUGUUGCAGGGUGUUAGUAGGAAGCUACCAGAUUGCAUUUAAGGGCUCAUACACACAAACGUGUGUGUCCUGUGCCCGUAUUGCGAACAGUGGGUCUGCAAUAUAUGGGCAGCGCCCCUGUGCACUGCGUAUCAUGGAUGCGGUCCCAUUGACUUGAAUAGGUCUACAAUCCGUAAGAUACCGAGCGAAGGCACAGAUCAGAUGCCCAUGGAAGAACUAUGAAGCACUUCCAUGGGCUUUCUCAUGCAGAUUGCUGACCCAUUCAAGUCGCAGAGUCCACAAACUGCGUAAACACGGAUGAUGCCCGUGCAUUGUGGACCACUCUUUGCAGUCCACAACAUGGUCCACCCACGUUUGUGUACAUGAGCCCUAAGGCUGUAUGUAGAUCUAGUCUGUACCUAGAUCAGUAUAUGCAUUCCUUUACUAUAUCUGUCUGCGCUAUAACUUUGUUUGGUAGUAGGUUUACUAAUCUAUCCACGUUUCAUAUGCCAAAGCUCCAAUGUGUCUUGUCUGCAGUAGCUACUGUUACUUACCUAUUGUAUGGGUAGUGCUACCAGAGCAUGGAUUAAUAUCCUGCAAAAGCACACUGUUCUAUCAGGUUUAUGAAGAAGCCUCGAAAGGGCAAUCCCCUCAACAUCGCACACAUUUCAUCUAAAUGUCUUUGAGCAGAUACUUCUGUUAUAGGUUGCACACCUUUUGGGCUCCUUACUGACACCACUGAUCAGUAUUGUCAGUCUUCAGUGGAAUAUAUGUUCAGAUUUUAGUAACCAGUACGAAGAGCCUUUUAAAAUGUUUCUGAUCUCUCCAACUGCUUCAGAUUCAUAAAAAAAUCCACCUACCUUUUUGUUUUUUUCUCAAAGGGGUUGUCACCUUAGCAAAUAUCAUUUAUCAUGUAGAGAAAGUUAUUACAAGGCACUUACUAAU